UUUUCCAUGCUUGGAUUACUUGUUAAAGGACAAACAUGAAGAAAUGUGCCAUUCCACUGUUUGUGUUGCUCUCUUUAUUAGUUGCUUUACAACCUUCAACUCAAACAGAUACCAGCUCGUUCCUGAUCUACAACGCGGACCACAACAGAUGCGUGACUGCAGUGAGCUCCACUGCUGUACAGGUGGCCGAGUGCGACGUGUCUUCCGACGCUCAGCGUUUCCGAUGGAUUUCCUCUUCUCGAAUUAUCAGCCUCUCUUUCAAACUCUGCUUGGGGACCCAGGACAUCAAAGACUGGGUCAAGAUUCUGCUUCUGCCCUGCAAAGAACUCAGUCCCCUGCAAGUGUGGGAAUGUAAGAACGAGACCUUGUUUGGCCUGAAGGGGCAGCCGCUGCACCUCAACUAUGGCAAUCGAAAUGAGAAAAGUAUGAUGUUGUAUAAGGGAACAGGCGCUUGGAGUCACUGGCAGGUUUAUGGGACCAAGGAAGAUCUGUGCUCUCGUGGAUAUAAAGAGACAUAUACACUAGCUGGUAAUUCGUUUGGGAAACCGUGCCAGUUCCCGUUUAAAUAUGAAGAGAAGUGGCACGCGGAGUGUACAGUGGAGGGCCGGUCGGACGGCCAGCUGUGGUGCUCCACCGAGGCCGACUACGACACCGACAAGAAGUGGGGCUUGUGUCCAACCACAUCCGGCUCCGGGUGGGACAGUGACCCGGUGACGGGUGUGUUGUAUCAGAGGAACACACAGUCGGUUCUGACCUGGUAUCAGGCGAGAGCGAGCUGUCAGCAGCAAGGGGCCGAUCUCCUGAGCAUAGCAGAACUGCACGAGCAGAGCUACAUAUCAGGUCUGACGAAUGUCAUUGGCUCCACACUGUGGAUUGGACUGAACAGUCUUGACUUUAACAGUGGCUGGCAGUGGAGUAAUGGACAGCCAUUCAGAUAUCUGAACUGGGCUCCUGGGCACCCGUCUCUGGAACCGGGCCUGAACUGUGCCGCAUUAAACGCUGGGAAAGCAUCAAAGUGGGAGAGCAUGGCCUGCAGUAAGAAACUGGGCUACAUCUGCAGCAAGGGCAAUUCCACAGACCACACACCUCCACCAGGCAAAGACCAGCCUAACUUCUGUCCCUCUGUGGCGUGGGUGCCGUACGCCGGCCACUGCUAUCGUCUGCAGCGCAGCAAGAAGACCUGGAGCGACGCGCUAGCGGCCUGUCACAAGGACGGCGCAGACUUAGCCAGCGUUCACAACAUCGAGGAGCACAGCUUCAUUAUAUCUCAGACUGGCUACUUGCCGACUGAUGAGCUGUGGAUUGGACUCAACGAUCAGAGGGUCCAGAACCUGUUUGAGUGGUCGGACAGAACACACGUCACCUUCACCAAGUGGAUAGUUGGAGAGCCGUCACACGUCAUGAAUCGCAUGGAGGAUUGUGUUCUAAUCAAAGGAAAGGAGGGCCGAUGGGCAGAUCACGUGUGUGAGACGGAGCGCGGAUACGUCUGCAAGAAGAAGUCCACCAGCAAACCCGAUGGAGCCGCGGAGGUCGCCAGUCCCGGGUGCCAAGCCGGAUGGGUUCGCUACGGGUCUCACUGCUAUCUCAUCGCCACGGAGAGCAAGGCUUUCCCUGAGGCCAGACUGCAGUGCCAGCGGUCGGGGGCUCGGCUGGUGGACGUCUCCGACAGGUAUGAGAACGCUUUUCUCAUCAGCCUGGUCGGUCUCAGUCCGGAGAAGUAUUUCUGGAUUGGCUUGUGUAACACCGAAAGCCUGGAGCGCUUCCAGUGGAGCAACGGAGAUAAAGUCAAAUUCACACACUUUAAUGUGGGCAUGCCAGAAAGGCACCAGGGUUGUGUUGCCAUGCUGACAGGAACGUCCGCGGGAUUAUGGGAUGUUCUGGACUCUAAAAGUAAACAGAAGUUCAUCUGUAAAAAGAUGGCGGAAGGUGUUACGACAACACGAGUGCCACCGACAACACAACCGCUCACCUGUCCGUCGAGCUGGAUUAAGAAAGAUCCAGGCAGUUGCAUUCAGCUAUUCCAGAAGCCGAUGGAUGAGAAAAAGACUUGGUUGGACGCUCGCAGUUUCUGUCAAGUUAUUGGUGGCGACUUGGCAAGCUUUCACUCUAUACAAGAACUCAGCAAGUUACCGUAUUUUAGCUCAGACCCGGCGUGGAUUGGCUUCAGUAUGCUGAACAGUGACUCUGGGUUUGUGUGGACGGAUGGGACUCCUUCUGAUUUUGAGAACUGGGGGUAUGGAGAACCGAACAACUACAACAACCAGGAGCACUGUGCCGAGAGUGGCUUUAACUUCCGGCGCUGGUGGAACGAUGCGGAUUGCGAAUCCUUUAAAGACUGGAUUUGCCAGAUACCAAUAGGCACAACUCCAAAACCUCCACCAACUUCUGCAAGCCAAGUGGAAUAUAACAUGACAUCUGAUGGCUGGAUCCAGCGCAACGAGAGUCAGUACUUCAUUAACGAAGAGCUCCUGCCUAUGGAAGAAGCGCGCUCGUUCUGCAAGAGGAAUCACGGCGAUCUGGUUGUCAUUACUGGUCAAACAGAGAGGAAGUUUUUAUGGAAGCAGAUAUCCAGGAGGUUAGAGAAUCAAUACUUCAUUGGGAUGAGGGUGGAGUUGGACAAAUCAUUUAGCUGGGUGGACGGUUCACCUGUUGUAUAUACAUCAUGGGAUCAAAAUGAACCAAAUUUUGCCAAUAAUGAUGAGAACUGUGUGUCCAUUUACAAGAGUAUGGGAUUCUGGAAUGAUAUCAACUGUGGUGUGCCGUUGCCCUCCAUCUGUAAGAGAAGUUCGGACUUUGUCAACACCACCAUGUUGCCCUCCACUGUGCCACCAGGAGGCUGUUCUCCAGAAUGGACCAUGUUUCAGGGCAGAUGUUACAAGUAUUUUAAUGCUAAGAUGACGUGGCAGAAUUCUCGGGACCACUGUAUUUCACAUGGAGGCAAUCUGGUGUCCAUUCGGCGUCAUGAAGAGCAAGCAUUCCUUACUACUCUAAUGCUGGCUUCAGAUGAUGACGUAUGGAUUGGCUUUAAUGAUGUCAAUUGGGAGAUGAGGUUUUUGUGGACUGAUGGCAACGGUGUCAGCUACACAAACUGGGCCAAGGGUCAACCUUCAUCGCUCCCAGAUGGCUCUUCCAGGAUGUAUGGCUACUUUGAUUCAGAGAACUAUGACUGUGUCGUCAUGGUUAGAAACCCAGGAAAGAUGACGGGUGCGUGGAAAGUCGAACUCUGCUCAGAUGAGAGAGGUUUCAUCUGCAAGAGGACAACAGACUCUCAGCUGCCCCGUCCUGUGACCACAGUAAUGCCACAACAUUUUUUCACACUGGGAAAUGAUUCAUAUAAGGUGCAGAUGAUGAAAAUGAGCUGGGAUGAAGCAAGGAGACAGUGUAAAGCGGAUGAUGCUGACCUGGCCAGUGUGCUUGACUCCAUCAGCCAGGCGUACACCGUCCUCAGAGUCAGCAAACUCAAGGAGCCUUUGUGGAUCGGCCUCAACAGCAACCUGACAAGUGGUCGUUACCGCUGGGUGGACAACUGGCUUCUUAGAUACAGCAGAUGGGCAUCAGGAGAGCCCAAAAACAAUUUAGCGUGUGUAUAUAUUGAUACGGAUGGCGACUGGAAAACGGCUACAUGCAACAACACAUAUUAUUCCCUGUGCAAGCGAUCCCCAGACGUUGCUCCCACAGACCCUCCUCAGAUGCCGGGGAACUGCCCUGAGUCAAAGAAGCGCAAAACCUGGAUCCCUUUCAGAGGACACUGCUACGCCUUCAUGGCCUCCAUGUCGGACAACUGGGCUCAUGCCACCGUGGAGUGCUUGAGAAUAGGGGCAUCGUUGGUGAGUAUCGAGGACUCAGUCGAAUCCCAGUUUAUCAUUCAGAAUGUGGAGAUCCUGCAGGAUGGAAUCAAAUCUUUCUGGAUUGGCAUGCACCGGAGUCAUUCGGGUGAAUGGAUGUGGAUUGAUAACACGGUGGUGGAUUACACGAACUGGAAGCCCCGGAUGCCCAAUGAUGUUAGUCACUGUGUGGAAGUGCAGUCGAGCACUGGGAUGUGGAGCACUGCGCACUGCAACGUUUACCGGCCUUAUAUCUGCAAGACUCCAAAAGUUAUACCACCAACAGAGAAACCAUCGAUACCACUCGCUGUGGUGGAAGAGGCUCCGCACGGCUCCGCGGGGAUCGCAGUCGGGGUCGUGUUGGUCAUAAUCGCGGUGGCCGGACUCGCCACAUUCCUGUUCAUCAGGAGGAGCCCGCGGCCGGUGUUUGGAGAGUGUACGUUUGACAACAGCCUCUACUUCAACUCGGACCUCACUCGGCCUCCUGCCACUAUCGACACAAAGGGACUUGUCGCCAACAUUGAACAGAAUGAGCAAGCCUAACACACACACACACACACACACACACACACACACACUAGAGGUUGCGUUAACCGAAAAUGUUCUGUCAUUGACAGAAUAAUUAAUUGACAUACAUUUUUUUAGCAGUGACGUAAAAAUCUGAACGCCGUCAGUCAUUUUGACAGAUUACACUGAG